AUGGCGUCGCGCAAUGUUCAUAGCUCUUCGUGCAAAGAACAAAAACUCACGGCGAGUGUGAUCUAUGCAUCCAAUGCAGCAACAAUUUGGAAUGAUCUUCAAGAACGAUUUCUGCAGAACAAUGGACCGCGUCUGUUUCAGCUUCGCAAAGACUUCAUCACCUGCACUCAAGGUACACUCUCAGUUGGUGCCUAUUACUCUAAGCUCAAGGGUCUUUGGGAAGAGCUAGCUGAAUUUCGUCCGAUUCACAAUUGUGUGUGUGGAGGUGUUAAUCCCUUGAUUGAACACAUCAAUCGUGAAUACGUUUUAACAUUCUUGCUAGGUCUGAAUGAGAGUUUCAAUUCCAUUCAAAGCCAAAUUCUUCUUAUGGAUCCUUUACCGUCUGUUCCUCGUGUGUUUUCGCUUGUAAUUCAAGAAGAGAAACAAAAGGUGAUUAAUUCCAUUGCCAGUGAUAAUACUGAAGCUUUAGCUUAUGCUGUAAAUGAUUCUCAUGGUACUAAGUCCAAGAUUGGAAAGAAGGAUAGGCCUAUAUGCUCUCACUAUGGGAUUCUUGGACACAUCAAAGACAAAUGCUUCAAAUUACAUGGAUAUCCACCUGGAUAUCGAAAAAACAAGGUUAUACCGUCUACACCAUCUGCUGCUAAUGCUGUUAAUACAGAGAUCUUGGAUGAUACAGCACCUUUGAACACAAAGCAAUAUCAAUAA